UUUAUGAAUCAGAAUUUACAAAAUAAAAUCAAAAAUUUAAUACAAGAAAAUGAUGUAGUUUUAUUUAUGAAGGGCACACCUGAGAUGCCGAUGUGUGGAUUUUCUGCAGCUGUUGUAAAUAUUUUAAAUAUCUUAGAAGUUAAAUUUAUUGGCAUUAAUAUUUUAGAAGAUGAGGAAUUAAGGCAGGGUAUAAAGGAAUAUUCAGAUUGGCCUACAAUUCCGCAACUAUAUGUAAAUAAAGAAUUUAUAGGUGGUUGUGAUAUUGUGCAAGAAAUGUAUAAGAGUGGCGAACUUCAAGAGCUGUUUUCAUCAAAGUAG